ACACACUCACACAGCGCGUGGUCCCUCCUUCAUGUUUUGUCAGGAAUGUUCAUGUGUGUUUUUGCAUUGAUAACACGGGUGUGUGUUUAGUUUGUGACAUGUGAGUGUACCGAUAUGGAGUAAACGGCCCCGGGGAUGGAAAAACGGUGAGGACAGGAGAUUAUCAUGGCGGACCCGGAGGUGUCGACACAGAGUGGGGGCUAUGAUGUGGAGCUGUUCGUGGACACUCCAGACUACGAUCUGAUUUGUACCAUUUGCCAGGGGGUCCUCAGGUGCCCAGUGAGAGCUGCAUGUCACCACAUCUUCUGCAAGAAAUGCAUCUUACAGUGGCUAAAGAGGCAGGAGACCUGCCCCUGCUGCAGGAAGCCUGUCAACCCCAGCUUGAUCUUUGUGAUGUUCAAGCUGAGCAAAUCUAUUGGUCGCAUGAAGAUCAAGUGUAAGAAUGAGAUCCGGGGUUGUGCAGAGACUUCCCUCUCCGAGCAGUACUGCCACAGCAUGAGCUGUAUGUACGAGCUCAUCCCCUGCCCAUACCAGGGCUGCCGGGCACAGCUCCUCCGCAGGGACCUGGACACCCACGCACGCCACUGCGAACACUGGCGUCAGCCGUGCCACAUGGGCUGUGGGACUAUACUCUCUCAUCGCACCCAGGCGCAACACAACUGCUACAAACAACUGAGGCAGGAGUACGAAGCAAGACAGAGGAACCACAGGGCCAUCGCCACCGCCCUGCAGAGGAAGAUGAGGAGGAUGCAGAGCACCAUGGCCCACAUGAAGAGGCAGAUAGGCCUGAUCUGUGAGAGUCUGGAGGUGAUGGACGACCUGAACGAGGUAGAGGAGGAGGACCUAGGAGAGAGCAGCGGCAGCUCUGGGACUCCGAGUAGCAACAACAGUUGACAAAUCCCAAUUCACUGCUGCUGGCUGGCGACUGCUUUGUGUAAUUCUGCAUGUGUUCUUUCCCUUGAAAGUGUGUUUUUGAAUAUGUA